AAGCAAUUUACGCUGCCUCUCAAUUCUCCUAUGGCGCCCAAGAUGAUUGACGAGGACGACUUCGUUCAUACCAUAUCUGACAAUGAGUCAGUACCUGACCUCGACGACGUUCCACCUUCUCUACCCAGCAAAAAGCGCAAGCGAGCCACCGAAGACGUACAAUUGAAUGGCGCAGAAAGCAAGAAGAGCAAGAAAGACAAAAAAGGCAAGAAAGCCCGGAAAGAAACGGAUGUGCCAAGCCAGGACGAUGUUGAGGUCUAUACGCGACCUACGCCUGCUAAUGGUGCAGACGAGGAUGCAGACAUGGACUCGGAGUUUGAGUUUGUUGUCGGAGACGUUGGCGGAGACCUGCUAGAAGAUUUUGAUGGGUGGGAAAAGCGUGAUGACAAGUCCCAAAAGCAGACCACUACGGGCUUGUCUGUUGACGACAUUAUUGCGCGGAGAAAGCUCGCAAAGGAAGAGACCGGUGAAGCUAAAGCAUCUACCACGGACGCAGAUGCAGAAGAAGAUGAAGUGGAGUUUGAAGGACUUGAAGAUGAUGAUGAUGACGAGCUUCUUGCUGAGGACGGUUUCGGUAUGGGAGCUACUGGUGAGGAUGAGAGCGGUGCAGAAGAAGACUCCGAGGAUGAGGGAGACAAGGGCGGUCAGGAAGACGGUGAAGGAGAGGAAUCAGACGAUGAGUCUAUCGCUGAGCCAGUGGCUCACCCUGAUGAUCUCGCUCCUCAAGAUGAGUCUGACUCUGAGGUUGAAGAUGCCGUGGAAGCACAACGGCGUAAAGAUUUCUUCGCGCCUGAAUCAGACGACCACAAAGCUUCCACUGCCAAAAUAUCAGCUUCAUUCCAAGCUAUGUCUUUAUCGCGUCCGAUACUGAGAGGGCUGGCCUCCAUUGGCUUCGCAGAGCCGACACCAAUCCAGGCCAAGACGAUACCAGUGGCCUUGCUUGGUAAAGAUGUUGUUGGUAGUGCUGUCACUGGUUCAGGAAAGACUGCGGCUUUCAUGAUACCCAUCCUCGAACGUCUCCUCUAUCGACCGAAGAAAGUCCCAACCACGCGCGUUGCUGUAGUCAUGCCAACUCGUGAGUUGGCUGUGCAGUGCUUCAAUGUAUCUAAGAAGCUAGCGGCGUUCACAGACAUUACAUUCGCUCAGGCUGUGGGAGGUUUCAGCUUAAAGGACCAAGAAAAUGUUCUCAAGACGCGACCAGACGUCAUCAUCGCUACGCCUGGUCGAUUCAUCGAUCACGUCCGUAAUUCGCCGAGCUUUACGGUCGAAACUCUGGAAAUUCUUGUUCUCGAUGAAGCAGAUCGCAUGUUGGAAGAGGGUUUCGCCGAUGAGUUGAACGAGAUCAUCUCAUUAAUACCCAAAUCAAGACAAACCAUGCUGUUUUCUGCCACUAUGACCGAGUCCAUCGAUAACUUGAUUCGUGUCGGCCUCAACAGACCUGUCCGAUUGAUGGUCGAUGCGAAAAAGUCCACAGUAAAGGGAUUGGUUCAAGAGUUCAUCCGAUUACGACCUGGUAAAGAAGACAAGCGUCUCGCAUACCUAAUGUACUUGUGCGAGAAGGUCUAUCGGGACCGUGUCAUUAUUUUCCUGCCUCAGAAGAAGGAAGCUCAUCGUCUUCGCGUUAUAUUUGGUCUAUGUGGCAUGAAGGCCAGCGAGCUUCAUGGCAAUAUGAGUCAAGAACAGCGUAUCCAAGCCAUAGAGUCAUUCCGAUCUGGAACCUCUGCGUAUCUAUUGUGUACCGAUCUCGCUUCCCGUGGUCUCGAUAUCAAGAAUAUCUCUGUGGUUAUCAAUUACACAACUCCGCAUUCCCACGAGAUCUACCUACAUCGUGUCGGUCGUACCGCCCGUGCAGGUAGGUCUGGUCGCGCAUGUACACUUGCUGCGGAGCCAGAUCGCAAGGUCGUCCGCGCCGCUGUCAAGGCCGCUCGCACCCAAGGCGCUAUUAUUCAAUCGCGAAGCAUCCCUAAUGAAGAUGUUGAGCGCUGGUCUAAAAGGUUAGAAGAACUUGAAGAAGAUAUUGAAGCGGUACUUAAGGAGGAGAAGGAGGAGAAGAUGAUUACUAUUGCUGAGCGUGACCUCACAAAGUCAGAAAACAUGGUCAAGUACGCUGCCGAGAUCAAGGCAAGACCGAAGCGAGAGUGGUUCCAGUCUGAGAGUGAAAAGAAGACUGCGGCGGCCAAGGACGCAGCCGCUCAAGGUGGCAAGAAGCCAGGUGAAAAGAAGAAAAAGCUGAGCGGGAAAGAAAGGAAGAAGUUGGAGGAUAAGGACUUGAGACGUGAAGGCAAAGAAUGGAAGAAGACAAAGAAGGAUGUCGAGAAUGUUGGCAAGUCAGCGACGGUCAAGGGACCAAAAGGGGGUAAAGGGAAGCCAGGGUCAAAAGCGGCUGGCAAGCCAAGUGGAAGACCGAGUGGGAAGCCGAAGGGUGGUCGAAGGUAGUCAGGAGGUCCAUUAUUCCAAAGAAAUCAUCUUUUCCUCACUCGAGGACACUUCCAAUGGCUAUCGACACUGACUAAGCUGGACUGAUAUACUGGUAGUGUAGCAAAAGGUUCGCCC